UGUUCCUAGAGAGCAAUUGUUUUAGUCGGGAAAAAUUUUCUUAAUCGCGUGCUAGCAAACGAAUCGGAGAAGUUGUGAAAUUCUUUUUGAAGAGUUCUUAUAUAAAAAUGAGGAAAAUUAACGUGGAAAUGUGAAAAGUGAUCGUCAUUAAUUUGCUAUUGCUAGUACAAAUAAAUAUUGCUUGUGCAAUUGUUGAAAAUCGUUGGGUAUGGCAAAGUACUUUGAGCAUUUCAAUGAAUAUUAUCAUUGGUUAUGAGAGCGAAAUCGUGUAGCAACUCUCUUCACUUUCGCUUUAAUAGUAAGAGCGCCAUCAGGCCAUGCAAAAUAUAAAUUUGUAAAGGAAGCAUGUGAUAAGUCGGUUUUAAAAAAGAAGUUAAUCGAAAUUAAAAAGAAGGAUAAAAAAAGUUUGCAAAUUGAAUUACAUAAGUGUAUAAAUGUAUUUAGUAUUAUGCCAAACAGCCCACUUCUACUUACGGGAGAUUUUUUUUUACUAUCACAUUUUUUAUACAUAUUGAUUUUUUUGCUUAUCAUCGAGCGCAAUAGACAAAAAAGAAGCUUUUUCAAACUCUUACAACUUACAGCAGGCAAUUUCUUUUUCAGCGUAAAAAAAUGAUUCGGAAACCGGUAAUUUGAAUGCAUUAUUUGCGUGCAGAUCGUGACUGAAGUGGUUGUAAAAAACAUUGCUUAAGUACGUGCUAAUAAACGAGUUGCAGAAUGUAUAAAAUCCUUUUUAAAAAAUUCACGUUUAAAUUGUCGUUAGAAAAAAACGUGUAAAUGUGAAAAUUUGAAAAUGUGAUAUUCGUUAAAUUCUUAUUACUACUACAAGUAAAUAUCGCGUGUGUAAUUAAUGAAAGUCGACGGACGGAAAGUCCCAGGCAAUUUCAGCAUCGCAAUGAACACUAUCAUCGGUGGAAUUGUGUGGCUUAACUUUGCAAAGAUGUAACUGGACAGUCGGUUACUCUUAAUAAUACCUCUGCGAAUUGAUUCGGCCGAAUUUUGAAUGGAAUCGAACAGUAACGAACUGAAAAGAAGGAGUUUCUGUACGCAAUGAAUAUUUGGCGAACUUCAUAAACGAAACGAAACAGAAAAGAAAAGCGAAAAAAGAAAGCAAGCAAUGUUCGACUUGGUGUGAACGUUGGAUCACCAGCAUAAGCUAUGUGGGGAAGUACUCUGUCAAUCUGCCUUUUUUGUCUUGGAUUAACUCAAAAUCCAUACCAAUGCAGAAGUUGUGAUCCCAUCGAUCGUUAUCAUCGAUAUUAUAUCACCGAGGAAUCUUCAGUGAUAAGCUGAUUGUUGUUGAUUGUAAACUCAAUGCAGCAAUAUGGAAAAUAUGAUGGAGAUCAUUGGCUGUGCGAAAAAAAAUGAACAAUUUUUCAUACGCUUGUUAUUACAACGAGACAGAAAUGUAUGGUUGAAAGUAAAAAUAAAUCAAAUCAUGAAUUUUCGCGACAAAAAAUAUUCGCCAGCACUACCAGCAAUAACGACGUACACAAAAAGAUUAACAAUGAAAGUACAAACACAAAGAUAGUAAAAUUGUUGAAUAACAAAUUCAAAUCUAUCUCGUGUUAGACUAUGGAACACAAUUUUCAAAGGAAAAACCAACAACAAAGCAUUUAAAAAUUAAAAAAAAUAAAAAUACAUUAAAAGAGAAUACUUAUCAACGCCACCACACUCACCGCCAGAAUAUAAAUAGAUAAGUAAAGAAAAAAUAAUAACAAAUAAAUAAAAUAACUCGCAAAACUCGAACAAUAGAAACAAAUUUCGCGAAACCCAAAUACCACCGAAAUACAACUAAAAAAGAAAAAUAUAUAAUGUAAACAUUCUCGCGCCGUUUUACGUAUCCCCGAAAGAUCAUCUGUUCAUAUGAAUGAAUACAACUAAUAGAAAAAGUAUAAAAAAAAGGAUAACAAAUUGUGCAUAAAAUAGAAAAAAUUUGUUCGGCUCAAAAAAAUUCAAAAAAAAAAGUUUUAAUAAAAAAAGUAAUAAUAAUUGCAUGGGUGGGUGUGUUAAAGAUUCGUAACUAAAAAAACAUAAAUAAAUAAAUAAAAAUGGCACUACGUAUAUCGGCCAAAUACAAAACUCAUAUAGGUUUGAUCAUUUAUGGCUUCAUGGCUGGUUUUAUAAUAUUAGUCACAACACCGUACAGUCUCGCCGGGCGCAUAUUCGAUGUAACAAAUUUGGAAUAUAUGAAAAUUAUAGCAGAGGCUGGCAAAAAUGUUACUCUGCCCUGCCCUGGUGUCACUGAACAUUCCUUGGUGGAUACUUUGGUUUGGAAAACGACUACAACCACAAUAGCACAAUUUGCUAAUCGUAUACCAUUGCUGCACAGUCCCCGAAUACAAUUGCUAUCAGAGAACUUUUCAUUACAUUUUGCACCAGCCAUUGCCGCUGACACAGCAGAGUAUAUAUGCUUAGUUAAUGACCGGCAUAUACCAGAAGCAGUUGUUGAUUUACUAGUACAAGAUGUGCCGGAUCCACCAGAACGACCGCUACUGAUAAGUUUUACUUCACGUUCGGUGAACUUAUCGUGGGCCCAUUCACAGCAUCCGCGCAAUGCUCCCGUAACGCAUUUCAUUAUUGAAACCAGAGUGGGUGAAAACGGUCAAUGGGAUCAGGUCUCACCGAUACAAACUAAAUCGAAUGUAACGUCAUAUCAAGUUACUGAACUCAUACCUUUCACCGUUUAUAGUUUUCGUUUAAAAGCAGUCAAUAAACUCGGCAUCAGUCCACCUUCAAAAGAAUCCUACUACAUAGUGACCUUACGUGAAGCGCCGACAGGUAAACCAGUACCUACGUCAGCCCACAAUACCUCAUCCACCUCUGUAUAUAUUGCUUGGAAACCACCGCCGCCCGAUACAAUACUUGGAGAAUUUCUCGGCUAUCGUAUAACGUAUAGACCGCGAGAUCGCAAUCCAAAUGAUACCAAAGAAAUUUACAUACGCGACAGCACCGUUGAAAGUCACGAAAUUCUUAACUUGGAGCCCUACACACAAUAUAAAGUGACAGUUCAAGUUUUUAAUCCGGAAGGCUUGGGACCAGAAACUACCAUAUUGGUAAUGACUGAUGAAGGAGUGCCAAGUAAACCUCUAAAUUUAACGGUAUUAGAUGUGACAUCUUCUAGCAUCACAAUGUCUUGGCUGCCGCCUAAAAAUCAAAAUGGCGCAAUUGCUGGCUACCAUGUUUUCCACAUACAUGAAAACCAGACUGGCGUAGAAAUUGUCAAAAGAAAUGCUGCAGAUUCUGUCAUCCGCUUUGAACUGCCAAAACUAAAGCCUUUUACUGAAUAUCGUGUAAUCGUUAAAGCGUUCACCACCAAAAAUGAAGGUGACUCUUCAGAUCAGAUCAUCCAGCGCACUGAUGUGGCGGGACCAAGUGCGCCAAUCGUUGUUAACUUAACAUGUCAUUCUCAGGAUUCGUUAACCAUACGCUGGAAACGCCCACUUGAAUAUUAUAAUAACAUUGACUUUUAUGUCAUUAAAACAAAAAUUAUUGGCCAAGAUACGCAUCGUGAUAUACGCAUCAACGCGUCGGAAAAGGAAUUGGAAACAGCAAUGAUUAUACAAAAUCUGACUGUAUUUCAACUAUAUGAGGUUAAGGUAGCAGCUGGGACAACCAGUAUUAUAAAUCCAAAGAAAAUUAUUUUAGGAAAAUUUUCCGAAAGCAGAAAGAUUGGCUUGCAGCCGAACUGCGAGAAGAUUCAGCCUCUGUUGCGACAAUCGCACAAUGACUACAACUUAGCCGUUUUGGUUGGCAUCAUUUUCAGUUGUUUCGGUAUCGUCUUGAUUGUUAUGGCUUUCUUUUUAUGGAGCAGGAAAUGUUUUCACGCUGCCUACUAUUAUUUGGAUGACCCGCCACAUCAUCCAAAUGUGCCGCAGGUUGAUUGGGAAGUUCCGAUAGAAAUAGGAGGCGAGAUAAGAGCAGCCGUACCGGUUAAUGAAUUCGCUAAACACGUGGCCUCGUUGCAUGCCGAUGGCGAUAUCGGUUUUAGUCGUGAAUAUGAAGCCAUACAAAAUGAAUGCGUAUCAGAUGAUUUACCCUGCGAGCAUUCCCAGCAUCCAGAAAAUAAAAGAAAAAACCGCUAUUUAAAUAUAACAGCAUACGAUCAUAGUCGAGUACAUUUGCAUCCUACGCCGGGUCAAAAGAAGAAUUUAGAUUAUAUUAACGCCAACUUCAUUGAUGGUUAUCAAAAGUCGCGGGCGUUUGUCGGCACCCAGGGACCAUUGCCCGAUACAUUCGAUUGUUUCUGGCGUAUGAUUUGGGAGCAACGUGUAGCCAUUAUAAUCAUGAUUACUAAUUUAGUGGAACGAGGUCGACGUAAAUGUGAUAUGUAUUGGCCUAAGGAAAGUAUCGAAACCUAUGGCGUCAUACAGGUAAAGCUAGUCGAAGAGGAAGUCAUGGCCAUGUACACUGUGAGAACUUUUCAAAUAAAACACUUAAAGCUUAAGAAAAAGAAACAAGCAAACACUGAAAAGACGGUAUAUCAAUAUCAUUAUACCAAUUGGCCGGACCACGGGACGCCUGAUCAUCCUUUACCUGUUUUAAACUUUGUUAAGAAAUCAUCGGCCGCGAAUCCCAACGAUGCUGGUCCUAUUGUGGUGCACUGUAGUGCCGGUGUUGGACGCACUGGCACUUAUAUUGUGUUAGAUGCGAUGCUUAAGCAAAUCCAACAUAAAGGUGUAGUUAAUGUAUUCGGUUUCCUGCGCCAUAUACGUAUCCAACGUAAUUUCCUCGUCCAGACUGAAGAGCAGUACAUUUUCAUACAUGACGCUUUGGUCGAGGCCAUCGCGUCAAGUGAAACUAAUCUGCGAGCCGAACAAAUUGAGGAAUUGAAAAACUGCACGCCGUAUCUGGAGCAACAAUAUCGUAAUAUCAUACAAUUCCAGACCAAAGAUAUACACAUAGCAUCGGCUAUGAAACAAGUGAAUUCCAUUAAAAACCGUGGUGCUAUAUUUCCCAUCGAAGGUAGUCGCGUGCAUUUGACUCCCAAGCCAGGAGAAGAAGGUAGCGAUUACAUUAAUGCCUCCUGGCUGCAUGGCUUUCGACGCCUGCGGGAUUUUGUAGUUACUCAACAUCCGAUGACGCAUACCCUCAAGGACUUCUGGCAAAUGGUUUGGGAUCAUAAUGCCCAAACGAUUGUCUUAUUAUCAUCACUAGACGAAAUAAAUUUCGCACAAUUUUGGCCAGAUGACACCACACCCAUCGAAAGUGAUUACUAUCGAGUGCGCUUUUUAAGCAAAACCAACAAGUCAGACUAUGUGAGUCGUGAUUUUGUUAUACAAUCUAUACAAGAUGACUAUGAAUUGAAUGUGAAAAUGCUGCACUGUCCAAGCUGGCCUGAGAUGUCAAAUCCCAGCAGCAUUUAUGAUUUUAUUGUUGAUGUUCACGAAAGAGGCAGCGAUUAUCGCAAUGGACCAAUUGUUGUUGUGGAUAGAUAUGGUGGUGCCCAGGCCUGUACAUUUUGUGCAAUUUCUUCGCUGGCGAUUGAGAUGGAAUAUUGUCAUAUGGCGAAUAUUUACCAGUAUACUAAAUUGUAUCAUAAUAAACGUCCUGGCGUUUGGACAUCUAGUGAAGAUAUACGCUUAAUAUAUAAUAUAUUGGCUUUAUUGCCGCGUAAUUUACAGUUGCUCAAGCGUACUGCAAUUAAGACAGAAAUCGAAGAUGUGACCACAGCAACACCGGAUCUCUAUAGUAAAAUUUGUAAUAAUGGUAAUAAUGAGACACAGCAAUUACAACAACAACAACAACAACAACACCAUCACCACCAUCAUCAACAACAGCAACAUAUACAAAAUUCGAAUCAUGUUACAAUUAAUACACCACCGUCACCAACACCACCUCAAGAACUACCAGAACAAGUAAAUUCAUUACAAACACCAACAUCACCAUCACCAUCAUCAUCACCAUAUCCUCCAGAAUCAUACAUUAAAAAUCAAGCACAAAUCUUACGUCCCUCUCCACCAACAUUAUCACAGCUCUCAUCUGCUUCUCCAUCACCUUCGUUUAAUGAAUUGGAUCAGCAAUUAAAUGCUACACCAACAUUAGAUAACCAAACUGUAAAUCCGAAUACUAGCAAUCAAAUUCCCUCAUCACCACCUCCAAAUAAUAACAGCAAAAUUAACCAUGAUAGUAGUAGUAAUUUUUGUAAUUCUUCUUCUUCCCAUUCUCCUUCUUCUUCUUCUUCUUCUUCUUCAUUUAAUAAUACUACACCAUCCGUUAUAAAUGAUACUAAUGAAAACUUUAAUAAUUCUUCUAACAUUAUUAAAACAACUAAUCCAACAACAAUCAAUAAUGGGAUUUUAACAACUGCAACAAUAUCAACAACAACCAUUACAACAACAACAAUUAUUCCAACUACUGCUGAAAUUGUUCGGGAAUCAUCGCAAUCGCCCACACUUGCGUCUUCCUUCAAUUCAACAACGAUUAAUGCUUGCAAUCACCAUCAUCAUCAUCAUCAACAACAACAACAACAACACAUGUUUAAUUUAUUAAAUCGAUCAACACAAUAUAUGCAAAAUUAUUCGCCAACAAAUAUGGAUAACGUGAUCAAUAAUUAUGAUAAUAUUGCGGUCUACACUCCACCACCACCGCCACCCUGCUCUCUUACUACAUUCAAUGGCACGUCUACUUCCCCGGUAACACCGCCCCCGUUACCUUCUACUGCGCACAAUAUUGACCAUAAUCCCAUCAAUACAAUUAAUGAUUAUCCAUUGGGUUCUAUUGAUCGUCUAACAACAACUACAACUUCUGCUCCCUUAAUCACUCCGAAUGGUAAUGGUAUAAUGAUGACAAAUUCCGUAAUCAACAAUCCUUAUACAAACAUUCCCUCCCCUCCAUACUCCACUUCAACACUAACAUUGUCCGCAAAUGCAUCUUCCUCGACUAAUGAUCAUCGCAAUAAUGGUGCUUGUAAUGUUCAUCACAUACACACAAACUUAGUUACUGAUGCUCAAAGCUUAGAUAUUGUAGGUUAGACUAAAUUAAAGUUAUAAAUGGUGAAAACACACAUGCACAUACAUAACAGACUUAUAACAGACCUAAAGUCACACGCACAUACUCAAAACAUUAAACACACAACCACAAAAAAUUUUAUAUGCACCUUUUUAUGUAUGUAGAUAAGCACCAACAACCAACCAAUUUAUCACAAAAGUAUCACAAAACAAUAAUUACACCCCCAGUGUCGCUGUAAGUCCUCAAACCCACUUUAAAUGCUUUGCACUUCUGCAUAUAAAAAAAUGUACGGCGUAUUAAUGCAAAAAUUCUGAAUUAAUCUAAGAUAUUAUAACGGACACCACGACCUCUCCUCGUGACCAUUAAUUUUGGUGCGUUUUGAUUCUUGUAUUUUCCAAUUAUUUGAUUCAUUUCAUGUCAUGCUACAGCAGAGUGUUGAAAAUUUUUGUUUACAGUUAUUAAAAAGAACAAAUUUCAUGUAAAUAUACAUAAAAUGUACGUGUAAACGUAUUAGCAAUUCCAACGUAGCACUUACGUAGCGAUAGCAAAUGAAUUUUCUUUCGGAGUUCUGCUUAUAAGGUUUUCGAAGUAAAACAGUGACAUUGAAUUUUUUCAAAUUCAGAAAAAUAGCAAGUGCGUCUUGCUUUCACUGCUCAUCACUUACUAUCAAAUUCAAAUCAUAUCAGUAAAUUAUCUUAAAUCAAAUUAAACAAAAGACUUGAAGAUGUUCGACUGGUGCAAACUCUUUAAGAGUGAGCAUAUGAAUUAUAAAUGUACGAUAUUGACAUCUAGAUCAUCUGGAUCAUUUGCUUUGUAAGGUUGUAUAGCUUAUAAGAAUAGUUAAAGAGGCCGUUAUCUUAGGCCAUCUUUAAUCGUCCUCUUGAAGAUCCCGUGUUCUACGCCCUUGCGAAAUAAUCUAUAAUCUAAUAUACCUAAGAUUAAGAAUGUCAUUUUAAAUGGACAAAGUUGACGUUUGACGUCAGUUUACCCCCGUGUCUUUCAGAACAUUGACACAUUUUAUUAAGAGUAAUAUCUUUAGACCACAUGAAAUCCAUUACGCAAGCAGAAGACAAGCGAUUUGUUCUCAAAUUGCACAUAUCGGACAGAAAA